AAAAAAAAAAAAAAAAAAAAAAUGGAAAAUGCACCGACUUUGAUGAAACGUCAACCAAAGCCUCGAGAAAGAAAUAGCUUAUUAAAAAAAUAUUAUGGAAUUAAAGACGCCUCAAAUAGUACACCUGCUCAGCAAGAAGAAAGUUCAAGGCCAUUUGAUUUAGAUGCGCCAUCGUUUAAUUUAAAUAAAUAUUUUGCCAAACUAUUAAAAGAAAAAACACUUCAGGGCUUAAUGGAAAAAGAUAAUUGUUUAGUUGGAGAAAUUAGAGAAAUUGAUGGCGACAUGAAAACCUUGGUUUACGAAAACUACAAUAAAUUUAUAAGCGCAACAGAUACAAUUAGAAAGAUGAAAUCAAAUGUUGAUAGUAUGGAAUCUGAAAUGACUCGACUAAAUGAAAACAUCAAGAACAUUUCUGAAAAAUCCAAAAUCAUUAAUCAAGAAUUAGGACCUAAUCUUCAAAAAAUUCAACAACUAUCUAAAGUUCAUAAUUCAUUAAAACGACUUCAAUUUAUUUUCGAAUUACCUAAUCGAUUGCAACAUUGUCUGAAUAAGGGUAAAUAUGGUAAUGCUGUCAAAUAUUAUUCAAAAGCAAGUCGAAUUCUGAAUCAUUACCAACAUAUGGCUGCAUUUAAGGGUAUUGAAAUGGAUUGUCAUGAUAUUAUGGAAAAAGUGAAAACCAAUAUUUGGGAAAGCUUAGCAAAUCCAGAUAACGUUACAUUCCAAAAUAUUGCAGAAAAUAUAAAAUUGCUUGUGUUACUAGGAAAAGAUAAUGUUCAAGAAUUAUGGAAACAAUAUAUCCAAAUACAACUCAAAGUAUUUCAGAGAAUAGAAAGAGAGAGCCCUGAGCCAUGUUGUGUUCAAGAUCUGAUUCCUACAUAUAUAAAGCCUUUAGAAUAUAUUGUUCAUCAUUUCGAAGAUAUAUUUCUUAUAGGACAAUUAGAAGAAAGUAUAGAUUAUGAUAACAAUUCAAAAAAAUGCCUAUUAAAUGCAAAGGAAAAAGAAGAAGCGAAAAAUGAUCUACUUACAGAAAUCAAUCCAUAUAUUGACAAAUUUUUCGAAUUAACUUCUGAAUUUAUUGAGCUACCAUUGAAUAUUUCUUUGAAGACUCCGUUGAAACAAGUUGAACACCUUAAUGAACUAAAAUCAGCUUUAUUUGAAUAUGCUUCUUCUUUAAUAUCCAUUGCUAAAAUAGAUGAGCGUAUGACACUACAUAUUGCUGAAUGGGAAAAUGACCUUAUUAAUAAUUUAUUAAGCUCUUCACUACCAGGCUUAAAAGAGAGUAUAAAUAAAUUUAUCAAUUCAUUACAAGAAACAAAUCAAAAUGAGUUUGAUAUAAGUGGAAUUGCAGCAUUUAUCCAAGAUACCCAUGCCUGGCUUAUAAAUUACUUAAUAGAAUCAUGUUUGCUACCUCUCAAAGAUUGUCUCGAUAUUUCUAAUAAAAAAAGCUUAGCCCGUAUUCAAGCUGGAAUUAAAGCUGUUUGGCAAAAAUUAGCUAAUAAAUUUGAGAACGUAGAUAAAACUUCAAACUUAAACAGUUCUUCAUUACAAAUUUUGGUUUUAGUAUGUUCCCGUUUAUGUUAUGAUUUAGCUGAUAAUGGCAUCUUUCAAUUAUAUUCAGUGUUUUCUGCCAAAUUCUGUAAACAACAAGACAAGCAAACAUAUUCAUUCUCUGAUGUAGAGACCAAUAUUGAUCCUUGUAUAAUAUCCGAUAUGAAUGAGAUGAUAGACUAUUACUUGAACACGGGUCAAACACUUUUGAAUAAGCAAGUAAUGCAAGAAGGAUAUGAGCUAUCAAACCGAAUUCAAGAAGCCUAUUUCAUACCAAUACCAUUAUCAAUACCACCUAUACGUCAAGUAUCAACUAUUUGGUUCUUUAUUCAUCAACGUAUUAAUUACAUAGAGCGCUUAAUGGAAGCCAUCUACCCUCAAUCUCGACGUUCCAUUGAUAGCACUGUAUCAAACUCAGAAUAUCCGUAUGGGACUCAGAAAUUUCUUCCAUCCUCUCACAGUUUAGCCUCUUUAUCAUCCGAUACACAUUCUAAUAAGCCUUCAAGGAAUGAUAUGCAUAUCAUGAACAACAUUGAUAAGUUAUUUGCCGAACGUAUUGAUGUCUAUCGAAAAGUUGAGCCAACACCUAUAGGCGUAUAUACUGGAUUAAUCUUGAUUAUUCUUAAAACAUUUUUAGAAGUAACAAGAGAAAUGCAGAUAGAUACAGCUCAUUAUCAACAAAUUCAAGUAGAUGUAGCAUAUAUAAAACGUAUGAUAUGGUCUCAUGUAGGAGAUGAAAAAUGGAUAACAACCAUGUUACAUGAGAUUCUAUCAAGUGUAACAAGAUGUGCUUCCCCUAUAAGUAUGAGUCAAGAAGAAUUAACAUCAAUAUUAUCCUCUCAAUAGCUUUUAAGAGCAAUAUUAGUUACUGAAAAUAAAAUAAAAUAAAAUAAAA